AUGGCCAGUCCAGCCUUUGCCGUCUUGAACUGUGGCGGAUACUGCGAAUGCUUGGAGGCGGACGGAGGUCACUGCUGCGUCGACAUUACCUAUGGUGCCGAGCGCAACGGUGGCUUCGCAACCAAGUCUGGCGACGACUGUACGGCCCGGCGCUCCAUCCGCCAGGCCUACGACCAUCAUGGAAAGGAACAUCGUGGCAGCAGCAGCAGGUCCUCUCUCUCGGGCCAACUCCGGUACGAAUGGACCCACGGAGAUGGUGGCAAAGAGGCGGAGACGAAGGUCAAGCCCGUGGACAAGCUGUCGACGAACCGCGCAUCACUCAUGCUCGUCGAGAUUAUCGUUCUCUGGCUGCCGGAUGGACAUUCGCUCAAGGCAAAACAUUCCAUUCACAGAUCCAUGCUACAUCACAUCCUGCGGCCCUUCCUUUCCACUCGCACCUCUCCGCCGGUGACGUUCUGA